CACCAAAGAAGAAGAAGAAGAAGUAACUGUACCGGAAACGGUGAUAUUGUCGUGCGGAGUUCGUUUGUGUACCUCGACGUGGAGCUACGUUGUUAAACUGCUGUUGUGAAAACAUUAGCUAAGUAUUUUUUAUUUACACAUACUCACUCAUCGUCUAUCACUGUCGGAUUAUUUCAUUUUUGCCUCCGCACUGAGUGAGUUGUGUCGUCAUUUCAGUUAGCCACUUAGCUUUCAAAGCUAACGGGAGCUAGUUAGCGAAGGAAAGCUAACAACAUUUUUCCUCUCAUCAUCCAACACACGGUGUAAAGAAUUAUAUUUUAACACCUGUGGCGUUUUUUUGAGUUACAACUGUUGUAAGCUGCAAAGGACAUAAUGGGAUCGUCCAAGAAACGCAAGGAAAAGAGCCGCGACAAGGACACUGAAGAGCGCCGUCGCGAGCAUAAGAAACAUCGCCAUAAGGACCGAGAGAGAGAUGCGGACCGAGAUGCGACUCGGGAUAAAGAGAAAAGAAAGCGCUCUAGGUCCCGUGAAAGAAGCGGACGGGAUGGACGCAGCAAAGGUGAAAGAAGCAGCGGGGAGCCACGAGUAAAGAAGGAGAAAGUUGAUCUUGGAUAUGAAGAAAGCAAUGCAGAAGCGGAGCCUCAGUCUGCAAGUGGAGACGCUUCUCUCAGCAUUGAGGAGACAAACAAGCUGAGAGCCAAGCUGGGUUUAAAGCCACUGGAGCUAAAUGAGAACAAGAAGGAGCUCGGCACCAAAGAGGAACCAAUGGUGGCAGAGACCAUCAACCCUGCUCUCAUUAAGAAGCAGAAAGAUAUUAGAGAGAAGCUUGCUGCUUUGAAGGAAAAGCGCAUCCAGAACCUGAAACUGGGAAAAGUCAAGACCUUAGCAGAGGACGACUGGCUGGAUGACACAGCUGCUUGGGUUGAGAGAAGCAGAACGAUGGCGAAAGAAAAAGAAAUGGCAGAGAAAAGAGCCAAGCUCCUUGAAGAGAUGGAUGAGGAGUUUGGUGUCAGCAGUCUGGUAGAGGAGGAGUUUGCACAAACCAAAAAGGAGGCAUACACGGCUCGAGAUCUGAAGGGACUCAAAGUGCAGCACAAGGUAGAUUCCUUCAAUGAGGGCCAGACUGUCAUCCUGACCCUACAAGACAAAGGUGUGCUCGAAGAGGAGGAAGAUGUGCUUGUAAAUGUGGGGCUGGUGGACAAGGAAAAGGCAGAAAAGAAUGUGGAGUUAAAAAAGAAAAAGCCAGAUUACAAGCCCUAUGAAGAAGAAGAGAGUGUUGAUGACAUGGUUACAUUCAAGAACCACUCUGUACUGUCAAAGUAUGAUGAGGAAAUUGAGGGUGAAAAGAAAAAGAGUUUCCGCUUGAAUACAGGGGGCUUUGCUGACGGGGAGCGGGAGCGAGAGCUUCAGGCCAUGAGAGAGGCUCUGCGAAAUCAGGCCCAAACCUUGGAAAUGCCUUCUCUCAGUAUCGCCUCAGAGUAUUACACACCCCAGGAAAUGGUGGGUUUUAACAAGACAAAACGCCGUGUAAGGAAGAUCAGGAAGAAGGAGAAGCAGACGACUGCAGCUGAGCUUCUCAUUGAUGACACUCGCAGCACAGAUUUUGGCUCCAGGACACGCGGUCGAGGCCGCAAACAGAACGAUAAAGAGGAGGAGGAGGAGGAGGCGGUAAAGGAGGAGGAGAUCAAAGUGCCAAAUGUCGUCCCCCAAAUGUCUGAUGACAUUAGGACGGCAGAAAUGGAGAUAAGCGAUGAUGAAGACUAUGCACUUCCUGAGCCAGCUGUAAUUGAGGAGGAUGAGGCAGAGCAGGAGCUGCAGAAACAACUGGAGAAGCAGAGGAAGCUGAAGCAAAAGCAGCUUCUCAAAGACUCUGGGGAGAAGGUGGCCCAGCAGAUUAAAAAGCUUGAUAAAGGUGACAAUGACGAUGAUCCUGAGAGGAAGAACAACAUUGUCUUCAAUGCCACCUCUGAGUUUUGCAGAACUCUGGGUGAUAUUCCAACAUAUGGGCUGUCAGGCAACAGAGAGGACCAAGAAGACAUUAUGGACUUUGAAGAGGAAGAAGAGAAAGAUGAUGCUGGAGACUCAGACUCAGAAAUGGAUGAGAAUGUUGGAUGGAGCACAGUUAACUUGGAUGAAGAGCAGAAACAGCCUGAUUUCUCCACAGCCUCUGCCACCAUUUUGGAUGAAGAGCCCAUUGUCAACUCUGGUCUUGCUGCUGCCCUGCUGCUGUGCAAAAACAAAGGUCUAUUGGACACUGAGAUGCAGAAGGUAGCCCGUGUCAGAGCAACAAAAGGCGCCCUGCCCAAUGACAACUACUGCAUCGAGGACAAGAUGGGCUUUGAUGACAAAUACAGUCGCAGAGAAGAAUACAGAGGCUUCACUCAGGAUUUCAAGGAUAAAGAUGGCUACAAGCCUGACGUCAAGAUUGAGUAUGUGGAUGAAUCUGGGCGCAGACUUACUCCAAAAGAAGCUUUUAGGCAGCUUUCACAUCGAUUCCACGGGAAAGGGUCUGGAAAGAUGAAGACAGAGAGGAGAAUGAAAAAGCUGGAGGAAGAGGCACUGCUGAAGAAGAUGAGCAGCAGUGAUACUCCUCUUGGGACUGUUGCUUUGCUUCAAGAGAAGCAGAAGUCUCAGAAAACACCAUAUAUUGUGCUUAGUGGGAGUGGGAAAAGUAUGAAUGCAAACACCAUCACCAAAUAAGUCUGGGGGGAAGAGUGGAUUAUCUUUAACACACACAUACAGUGAUACCUGCAUAGAAAGACACACGCACGCGCACACAAACACACACACACACAGAGGAUGUUUUAAGUAAAGUAAUUGCUUCAAUCUCAUUUCUAAAUCAUACAAGCUUCGUUGUUGUAGUAAAGAGUUGUGCAUUAAAAUUGAUUGAUUAAAUAAUCGUUGUAUUGCUUUCUUUAUGCAAAUUAAAAGAUGAAGAGUAACUCAAGGUCACAAUCUCUCAUGAUGAGAAUAUUCUUUCAAUGAGAAACAUUUACUAAAUAUAACACCUUUGUGUAGUUUCUUGAACACUGCAUAUUAUUCUGUGGCAUGAAGUUAAGAACAAGUUCAGUAACAAUAACAGGGUAAGCAGUAUUUAUCACAAAAGUUUAAAUUGCAUUCGGGUUCUGAUUUAAAAAAAAUUU